AUGGACUUUCCUUCUUCAAAAAGAAAACAGCAAUCUCAACCGCCUUCUCCAGGCAUUGGAGCCCACAGACGGCUGAAUGUCAGGAGGGUUCAUGCUAAGAAUUGGACCUUGAAGAAGCACUUUGAAAGUCACCCUACAGAUGGUAACUUUGAGAUGAAGACAGCUGAACUCCCACCCUUAGAAAACAAAGAGGUCCUGCUGGAAGCUCUGUUCCUCACUGUGGAUCCUUACAUGAGAUUGGAGACAAAAAGAUUGAAGGAGGGUCAAACAAUGAUGGGGGAGCAAGUGGCCAGAGUUCUGGAAAGUAAAAAUUCAGCCUUCUCAACAGGAGCUAUUAUUUCAGCCCCUUUGGGCUGGACAACACACUCCAUUUCUGAUGGAAAACAACUGGACACGCUGCCUGAGGAGUGGCCAGACACAUUACCUCUGUCUUUGAGGUUGGGGACAGUUGGCAUGUGAGGACUGAGCUACUUUGGCCUGUUUGACGUCUGCAGAGCAAAGGCUGGAGAUACAGUUCUGGUGAAUGCAGCUGCAGGGGCCGUGGGCUCUGUUGUGGGGCAGAUAGCUAAGCCCAAGGGCUGCAAAGUUGUCAGAGCAGCAGGGUCUGAUGAUAAGGUUGCCUACCUUAAAAAGCUUAGAUUUGAUGUUGCCUUUAAGAUGAUAGAGUCUCUGGAAGAAACUUUGAAAAAAGCUUUUCCUGAUGGUUAUGAUUGUUAUUUUGAUAAUGUAGGUGGAGAAUUUUCUAAUGUUUUUAUCCCCCAGAUGAAGAAGUUUGGAAGAACUGCUCUAUGCAGGGCCAUCUCCAUAUAUAACCUCACUCAUCCACUUUCCCCAGGCCCAGCCCCAGAGGUUAUUAUCUAUCAGCAGCUGCACAUGGAAGGGUUCAUCGUCAGCCGCUGGCACCUGGAGGUCCGCCAGAAGACUCUGAAAGACUUGCUGAAGUGGGUCACUGAGGGUAAAAUCCAGUACAAUGAACACAUCACUGAAGGGGUUGAGAACAUGCCAGCUGCAUUUAUGGGAACACUGAAAGCAUUCCCAUAA